UCCGGAGCAGUUUUUUGGGCGAGAUGACCUGCGGCGGCCUCCCCAUCUCGCCGGCGCCGGCGCCGAUGCCGACGGUGGCGGCCCCGCUGGAGGACGAGAACCUCCUGCCGGAGAUCCUCGUCCGCCUAGCCCCGCUGCCGUCCGCCCUCCCGCGCGCCUCCCUCGUCUGCAAGCGCUGGCGCCGCCUCGUCUCCGACCGCCGCUUCGUCCGCCGCUUCCGCGCCCACCACCUCCGCAGCCCCCCUCCCCUGAUCGGAUUCUUCGAGGAGGUCACCCGCGAACCCUCCCCGGACUCCCCCAGCAGCCUCUUCUUCACCCCUAUCCUGGAUCCCCCCAACCGCGUCCCGGUCAGCCGCUUCUCCUUGAGCUUCCGCAACGGCGACGGCCGCACGAUCCUCGGCUGCCGCGACGGCCUCGUGCUCCUCGUCGACGCGGGGGGUGCCGAGAUCGAGGUCCUGGUGUGGGACCCCGUCACCGGCGACCAGCACCGCUUCGUCGUCCCUCCGGUGAUCGACGAGCGCCAGGUCGUCGAGAUCUUAAACGGGGCGGUUCUCCGCACCGCCGGGAUCCUCGACGACCGCCCAUUCCGGUUCCAGGUGGUCUUGGCAGGCAUCGACAGGCCAAACAAGCGGCUGUUCGCCUGCGUUUACUCGUCGGAGGCCGGCAAAUGGGGCGAUCCCAUCUGGGUAUCCGUGGAUUCUGAGAGCAACGUUCGCACCACGGUUUCAAUGCGUGUUUCCAGCACCCUGGUUGGGAAUUCCCUCUACUGGUCGCUGAAUGGGGAUACUGCUGCCGUCCUUCAGUUUGAUUUGGGCACACAACGCCUGGCUGUGAUACCGCUGCCACUGGAUAAGUGCAGCGACGGCAGCCGCUCCUUCCGGGCUAUGCCGGUGGACGGUGGCGGGCUUGGCAUCCUUGAGCUGUUGGAUUUCAACAUCCAGUUGUGGAAAAGGGAGAUCGACCGUGCCGGUGUUGUUUCGUGGGUGCUGGGGAAAACUAUUGAAUUGGAUCAGCUUCUUUGCCUGGACAAGAGGGGAAUGAGUCCAAUGAUGCUGGGGUAUUGCGAGGUCAAUAAUGUGGUGUUUCUGAGGACAGUAUUCAGUAUUUUCUUGGUCCAGCUUGAGUCAUUGAAGUUCAGCAAGCUACCCAUACAGGCAUCUUACUUCUUGGUUCAUCCAUUCACAAGUGUUUAUACUGCAGACAUGGGCAUUGGUGGUGGACCUGAUGAAGCCAAACUUCUGUGUAAUGCAAUGCAUAAGGUGACUGUAUUGUGAUACAUUGGUUGAGCAGGUAUGUGAGCUCUCAUUCAGUUGCUGAGCAGCUGGUGAAUGACUUCACCGGCGCAGGUUCCGUCGGUGCGGAAGUUGAUCUUCUACGGAGCAUGUUCUGGUCAACUGCGAGGAGUAGGAUUUAUUUGUCCAGUCUGGUAGCUCAUUGUGUCCCCUAAAUAUAAUUGUAGGCUUCAUCCAACUGGCAUGAUGACAAGCCGCCACUUGGCCGCACUAGUAAAUAAUCCAGCGGCUGAUUAUUGCCUCCGGUUUCA